CCCCCCACCCCCCACCCCCCCAGUACAUGAUGUUUACAGCGGAGAUGGAACCUCGGAGAACACAUGGAGGACUCUCCUAGCUCUUUUGUAACGUUUACCUAACCGACAUGGGUGAGGACACCCGGGUUUCACGAGGCAGCGGGCAGCCGAAGUAGAGGUGGGCAGGAUGGGGGAGCGGGCGCUGGGCCGCCCGGCGGCCGCCAUCUCUCCCGUGCAGCAGAUGCUGGCGUCCGGCACCGGAGCCCUCCUCACAUCCCUGUUCGUCACGCCGCUGGACGUGGUGAAGAUCCGGCUGCAGGCUCAGCAGACGCCGUUCCGUCAAGCUUUGAGCUGUGAAGCUGCCCCCUGGGGCAAAAAGAGCCGCCCCGCCAAGUGGAAGUGUUUCCUCUACUGUAACGGCCUGAUGGACCACAUCUACGUGUGCCAGAACCGGACCAGCUGCACCAGCUGGUACCAAACCCCCACGCACUUCAGCGGGACUCUGGACGCCUUCGUGAAGAUCAGCCGCCACGAGGGGCUCCGGUCUCUGUGGAGCGGACUUCCUCCGACGCUGGUGAUGGCCGUUCCCGCCACCAUCAUCUACUUCACCUGCUACGACCAGCUGCGGGACUUCCUCCGCUUCGGCCUGGACCUGCAGGGCAGCCACGUCCCGCUGGUCGCCGGCGGCCUCGCCAGACUGGGCGCCGUGACGGUCAUCAGCCCCCUGGAGCUGGUCCGGACCAAGAUGCAGUCCCGCCGGCUGUCCUACGGCGAGCUGAGGGUGUGCAUCCGCUCGGCCGUGGCGCAGGACGGCGUGCUGUCGCUGUGGCGGGGCUGGGGGCCCACCGUGCUGCGGGACGUGCCCUUCUCAGCUCUGUACUGGUUUAACUAUGAGUUGGUGAAAACUCGUCUCUGUGAUCAUUCUGGAGCGCCUCAGGGAAACUUCUCCAUCAGCUUCACAGCGGGAGCCGUCUCUGGAGCCAUCGCCGCCGUCCUCACGCUGCCGUUCGACGUGGUGAAGACCCGGAGGCAGAUCCAGCUGGGAGAGCUGGACACUCUGGGAGUGUCCGUGAAGAAGAAGCCGUCGUCCACGUGGCUCAUCAUGAAGCAGAUCUGCACUGAGCUGGGCUACAGAGGCCUUUUUGCAGGCUUCAUGCCGAGGGUGAUCAAAGUGGCGCCGGCCUGCGCCGUCAUGAUCAGCACCUACGAGUUUGGGAAGGCCUUCUUCCAGAAGAUGAACCGGGACCGAGAGCAGCUGGCGUGCUGACCGGACGGAGCACGGCCGGCUUCCGGCUCUCACAAACUCAGAGGACGAGAGACGCACAGACGCCGGAGCCCCGGGACUCGGCGCGGAGCUGGAUUCUCCAGACGGACUGUUUUCUCUCCCGGACUGUUUUGGGAGCGUGUGCAGAGCGGCAUUAGACCCCGGACGUGUGGAAACCUGGAACCCGUGUACAGACUGCAUGUGCUGGGAUCCACACGCGCAUUCCAGUAGCGCUCAUACAGAACUGAAAACAUCACUUCUCUCUCCGUGGCUGGAUAGAAUCAGUAGCACUUUACACGUACCGCCAGUCACAGGGCUUCUGCUUCCAUUGAAAAUAAAGAAGCAGCCAUAAAUAGCAUGUAACAUGUAAGUUUCAGUUCAACAAGAAAAGCCUUGUGAGAAUUUAUUUCCUGUUUUUGCAUGAAGUAAAUGCAAUACGAAGGCUUUUUCCGUACAGCCAAACUCCCAGAAAUCAGAUGAAAAUAGAAAAUACACUGGACCAUGAAACCAUGGGGUCAUAAUCUGCCUUAACCUAAGUGAUGUAAAUGUUUUUAUAUUGAAUGGAAUGUUAAUAAAUGAAAAAAACAGCUUGA